AUGUAUAACAUCUGUCUGCCAUCACCAAGUAUCCGUGUACUUAACUCGACUCCGUGGCUAGGACUCCAAGUUCCCACCCAUGUGUCCUUGUAUGUAUACAUGGAAUCUGCCGUUCAGAGACCUGCAGCCAUGAAGGAAACCGAGUCCGAACCAUCCUCACCAGAAUUGGACUUCAAGCAAAAGACGACCACGGAAACUAUGAAGGACAUCUCCUGUCGCCAUAUAUUCAACUCACAGCACGGGAGCGAGGCGAACCGAAACUUCAAGUCAGGUACACAAUUUCCUUUGAUAAUGUACUACAAUUCCCCUAUCCCUCCCAAUGUAACUUCUACAAGCUAUACUUUUUAUUCGAGUCUUCCACACCCUCUCUCAGUCUUCUCCUCUGAGCCCCCCACUCUCAAUCCUCACAAACCCGCCCUCCCAAUGAAGUACGGAGAGCAACCACAUCCAGCAACCUCGAGAGGAAACGAGUGA